AUGUGCGUCCACUGCGAAGCCCAUUGCUGUUUGUGUGCAUUUGAUGAAUUGCGCGAUGGCAUAAUCGAAGAACUACGCAAAAAAAUGCGCAUCUGUAUAUCUGCAGAGCAGAAAAGGAAAAUGGUUGCGAAGCUAAACGCUCUAAUCUACGGUGUAAAGUUCCGACGCAGCUUUCAAAGCAAGGUCACCGCCUACAAGCGGAGGUUGACAUUGGCCGAUCUUAAAGACAGAAGCCAGAAGGAUAUGGACCUGGGGUCUCUUCGAAACUGGGUCCGCACGGGGAGGAAAGACGGUUAUGAAUCGCUUACUGCCCAGCAGCUCCGUGAAUACGUCGAAGAGUUAGUGAAGAGCGGGGACCUCAAAAUUCCAAAGCACUACGAGGGUACCCUAGCCUGGCUUGGCGACGCGGCACUAGAUUUUUUUCUUGGGUUGAAGGGUGUCUACGGCAACCUCAAGCCCUGUGAAAUUGACCAAAUUCGUCGGACACUCUUCUGCACGAAGACACUGGGUGGAGACUUGGGUCGGGAGUUUGCAGAGGAGCGGGAAGAGGACGUUGGUAAGGCAAUCUACAACGACGGUAAGCCCGCACCAAUCUUUACCCUUCUUCGACGUAUCAUGAAGCAGCAGAAAAUUCCAGAUCCAAAGAAUUUGCAGACCUUUGCACCAGUAGAUGGUCUCGUCACCCGCUCCAUCGAAGAGAAGAAAG